AGGAAAGAGAGAUAAAGAAGAAAGGGAGAGAGGAUGAUAUGAGUGAAAAACGAGAGAGAAAGAGAGGGAAGUUAAUGAGACCUGUUGGACUCGCGUGGCGCGUCAGGUGUUAGGUUCUCGUAGGGCUCCCACAAUGUCUAUAAAUCUGAUCCCAUUUACAAAUUUAGUUUUACCAUCCCAUUCCAGAAGGUAUCAACUUGAGCCGAAGAAAAUGGCCACCGAAUCCAUCGAGGUUGAAAUCGUCGAUACACAAACAGUUAAACCAUCCUCCCCAACUCCUCAAGACCUCAGAAAUUUUAAGCUCUAUCUUUUGGAUUUAUUUAUGCCUGGAAUUUACAUCAAAUUCCUUCUCUUCUAUCCCAAUGUUGCUAGUACUACUACAACUCAUACUGCCAAGGCCAUUAAUGACAAAUAUCAGCAUCUAAUAGAAUCAUUAGCUAAAACUCUCACUCACUACUACCCUUUCGCAGGAAGAAUAAAAAGUAAUGUCGCAGUCGAAUGUAAUGAUGACGGAGCCCAAGUCGUGAAAGCCCAUGUCAAGUGCUCUUUAUCAGACAUUUUCGAACGCCCAGAUCCAGAGAUGUUAACACGAUUGCUUCCAACUGGGGCUGAGUCCACAGAAGCAGAAGCAGGCCCGCGCGCAUUGCUUUAUAUACAAGUCAACUUGUUUGAGUGUGGUGGAAUGGCAGUUGGGUUAGGCUUUUCACAUAAGAUUGCUGAUGUCUCAACUGUAUGCACAUUCAUCCAUUGUUGGGCAGCAACAGCCCUUCAAUCCAACAAGGUAAUCCUACCCCAAUUUGGCGGUGUUGCGUCUUCUUUUCCACCCCUAGAUUUCCCCCUCUGGGAGUCACCAUCCGAGAAGGAAAAGCCCGUAACAAGGAGGUAUGUGUUUGAUAACUCAAAGAUUUCCGUUCUCCAAUCUGAAACAUCCAGUUCACUUGUUCCAAAACCAACAAGGGUAGAAGCCGUUUCAGCACUCAUUUGGAAAUGUGCAAUUGAAGCAUCGUCAAAGUCGUCACCAAACACGUUGUGUUCUAGUCCAAUAAGGCCAUCCACGUUUCGUCUAGCAGUGAACUUGUGCAAAAUGGUUACGCCGCCCUUUCCAGAUAACAUGGCUGGGAAUUUUUCUCUUUCGGCUAUAACAAAGGCUGAAGAGAGUACUUCCAAUGUGUUGGAUUUAAAAGACUUGGUUGUUAAAAUCCGGGCCGGGAUUGAAGAAAUGAAAGAAGCUGCUACAAAAGUAUUUGAUCCUAAUGAGGCAAUGCAAGUGUUGACCGAAUACCUGACAAUCCCACUGAAAGAUCAGGAGAUUGAAACUUAUUACUGCUCCAGUUGGUGUAGGUUUCCUUUCUAUGAAACAGAUUUCGGAUGGGGAAAGCCGUCAUGGGUGAGCGGUCCUAGUCUUGUAGUAAAGAAUAUGUUUCAUUUGGUGGACAAAAGAGAUUGCAAAGGGAUUGAAGCAUGGUUGACUCUCAGCGAAGAGAAGAUGGCAUUAUUUGAAGGCAACAUGGAGCUGCUGGCAUAUGCUUCUCUGAAUCCAAGGGUCACCUACUGAGUUUGGCACUUGGUAGACAAUAAUCCUCUUCUCUCCUUGUCUUUAAUUUUGUGUUUUCAAUAAAUAGUGGAUCACUGGCUUUUGGUGAUAGCCAGCUUGUUCCUCUAGCCCAAUAAGAAAUUGUGGGAAUAAAGUAGCGUUCGAAUUGAAAA